AUGUGGGAAGUAGAUCCGGAGACUCGAAGCAAGCUUCACCAAAUCCAGAAGAAAGAAGGGAGUGGGAAUGAUCGAUGUUGUGACUGCGGAGCUCCCUCACCACAAUGGGCGUCGCCCAAGUUCUCCACCUUCAUCUGCCUCUCCUGCGCUGGCACCCAUCGCGGGCUCGGCGUACAUAUAUCUUUCGUCCGCUCAAUAUCCAUGGACGCCUUCAAACAGAAUGAGAUCCUCCGUAUGCAACAUGGCGGUAACAAAGCAUGGCAGGACUUCUACAACUCCAACAUCGGCAUCGAGAAUGGAGGAAAGAGCUUCGAAGACAGCAGCAUAAAAGAGCGAUACGAAAGCGAUGUCGGUGACGAGUGGAAAGAGAGGUUAAGCGCAAAGGUCGAGGACAGGGACUUUGACCGAGAGACAUGGAAGAAAGAGAGGGAAGCCUACAAGGCCAAAGCCGCAGCAACAAACGCGGGCUCUAGAAGUCAAACCCCGACUGGAUCCGGCCCUCGAAAAGGCGUAUCCGGAAUCGUCUCCGCCACCAACACCAACCCGACCGGCCGCUCGGAAUCGCCCGCAUCGCGCUCAAACCCUUCUCUUCCACUCUCCCAAAAAGAACAAAAAGAAGCCUACUUCUCCCAACUCGGCGCCGCCAACGCCUCUCGACCAGACCACCUCCCACCUUCGCAGGGCGGACGCCUAGGGGGAUUCGGCAACUCCCCACCACCCACCGACCCAUCCCACGCACAAGAAUCUCAGGCCGACCCCAUAGCGACCCUCACCCAGUCCCUCUCCUGGUUCACCACCUCGCUCUCCCGCACCGCCAAAACCGUCAACGAAACCUACAUCCAACCCACCGCCGGCAAAAUCGCAUCCUCAGAUCUCGCUGCCCAAGCCCGUGCCGCGGCCGUGCAGGCCGGCACGGGGAUCCAAUCAACCGCGAAGACCGCCACCGAAUCUUUCAACCGCUUCGUCGAGGGCCAAGAGCCCACCGCGAGAUCUGCAGCUGGAGCCGGAGCCAUUGCAGGUAGCGCUAAGAAGGCGACCGAGCCCGAGCGCAAGGAUUUCUGGGACAGUUUCGGUGCUGCAGCAACAGCAUCCACAUCCACAUCCGCUGCACACGACAGCGAGAAACCCAAGCCGAAACCGAGCAGCAUCGGCACGGCGGCCAUGAAGACGGGCGGGAACGGCGAGGGAUUGGCGGGUGCGCCUCUUGGCUCCGCGGCAGCAACCACGAAGGGAAAGGGCAAGGGGUUGGGAGAGGAUGAUGGCUGGGAUGACUGGUGA